AGAAGGCAGCGAUGGUUCUAGGUGUGUUUCUGGGGCUUGUUCUCACUUGUCUGCUUCUUCUUUCACUAUGGAGGCAGAGUUCUCAGAGAAGAAAGCUUCCUCCUGGUCCCACGCCUCUACCAAUAAUUGGAAAUAUCCUUCAGCUAGAUCUUAAGGACUUCAGCAAAUCACUGAAGGAUUUUUCAAAAGCCUAUGGCCCAGUGUUCACUCUGUACUUGGGCAGGAAGCCUGCUGUGGUGUUGCAUGGCUAUGAAGCUGUAAAAGAAGCCUUGAUUGAUCAUGGAGAGGAGUUUGCUGGAAGAGGAAGCAUCCCAGUGUCUGAUAAAAUUACCGAAGGCCUUGGGGUUGUUUUCAGCAAUGGGAGAAACUGGAAAGAGAUGAGACGCUUUGCACUCAUGACUCUGCGAAACUUUGGGAUGGGGAAGAAGAGCAUUGAGAACUGUGUCCAAGAGGAGGCUAAGUGUCUUGUGGAGGAGUUGAGGAAAACCAAUGAUGGGUGCUUACCCUGUGACCCCACCUUCAUCCUGGGCUGUGCUCCCUGCAAUGUCAUCUGCUCCAUUGUUUUCCAGAAUCGUUUUGAUUAUAAAGAUCAGGAAUUUCUCACCUUAAUGGGCAUCUUAAAUGAAAAUGUAGAGAUUCUGAGUUCCCCUUGGAUGCAGAUUUGCAAUAAUUUUCCUGCCAUCAUUGAUUAUGUACCAGGAAGACAUAGAAAAUUAAAUAAAAAUUUAAUUUUUACAAAACCUUAUUUUUUGGCAAAAAUAAUAGAGCAUGAACAAUCACUGGAUAUCAACAAUCCUCGGGACUUUAUUGAUUGUUUCCUGAUCAAAAUGGACCAGGAAAAUGACAACCCAGAGACAGAGUUUACUUGUGAAAACUUGAUCUUCUCAGCGACUGACCUGUUUGCUGCUGGGACAGAGACAACAAGCACAACACUGAGGUACUCUCUACUGCUCCUACUCAAGUACCCAGAAGUCAUGACUAAAGUUCAGGAAGAGAUUGACCAUGUUAUUGGUAGACACAGGAACCCCUGCAUGCAGGACAGGAGUCACAUGCCCUAUACUGAUGCUGUAUUGCAUGAGGUCCAGAGAUUCAUUGACCUUCUUCCCACCAGCCUGCCCCAUACCGUGACCUGUGACAUAAAAUUCAGAAACUAUCUCAUUCCCAAGUGUACUACUGUCAUAACAUCACUGACAUCCGUGCUGCAUGAUGACAAAGAAUUCCCGAACCCAGAGAGAUUUGACCCUGGUCAUUUUCUGGAUAAGAGUGGCAAGUUUAAGAAGAGUGACUACUUUUUUCCAUUCUCAGCAGGAAAACGAAUCUGUGUGGGAGAGGGCCUGGCCCGAAUGGAGUUAUUUUUAUUUCUGACCACCAUUUUACAGAACUUUAACCUGAAUGACCUCGAAACUACCCCAGUUGCUAAUGGUUUUAUUUCUGUGCCACCCAAGUUUAAGAUAUGCUUCACUCCCAUCUAAAUGUAUGUCCCUCUUAGGCCCCUUCCGAGGGGCACAGUAAA